AUGGCAACUGAACAGCGACUGCCCACGAGGGAGCGUCGGCCCUCCACUUCAGCUCCCAUUGUGGACAUUACGGGUGGAGUUGGGCCUGCGGGAAUCUCUCGUCCAAAGCACAAGAGGACUUUCACGGGCUUCGGAGCCGGGGAGAUUAAGAGUGUAGAGGCCUCCAUCCCCGAGCCCCAACGCGAGGCAUGGCAGCGAAACCAAAUAACCGGCUUCACCGACAAGGACGGAUUCGAAAAGGAAGUCGUCCGCCAUGUGGAAACCACGCUCGCCCGAAGCAUGUUCAACUGCGACGAGAUUGCCGCGUACUCAGCCACCAGCCUUGCCUUUCGUGACCGCCUCGUCACACACUGGAAUAAGACGCAGCAGCGCCAGACGUACCGCGAUACGAAGAGGGUGUACUAUCUCAGUUUGGAGUUUUUGAUGGGCAGAGCGUUGGAUAAUGCUAUGCUGAAUGUUGGUCUAAAGGACAUUGCCAAGGAUGGUCUGUCGGAUCUUGGCUUCAGAAUCGAAGAUGUCAUCAAGCAAGAGCAUGAUGCUGCGCUUGGAAAUGGCGGUCUCGGCCGCCUGGCCGCCUGUUUUCUCGACAGUCUUGCUACGUUGAACUUUCCUGCCUGGGGCUACGGUCUUCGAUAUCGCUAUGGUAUCUUUAAGCAGGAGAUUAUUGAUGGGUACCAGGUUGAAGUGCCUGAUUACUGGUUGGAUUUUAACCCCUGGGAGUUUCCUCGUCACGACGUAACUGUCGAUAUCCAAUUCUUCGGCCAAGUCAACAAAAAGACAGCCGAUGGCAAAACCGUCUCCGUCUGGGAAGGCGGCGAAAUCGUCCAAGCCGUGGCCUACGACGUCCCCAUCCCAGGCUACGACACCCCCACAACUAACAACCUUCGUCUCUGGUCUAGCAAAGCGUCUGGCGGCGAGUUCGACUUCCAGAAGUUCAACAGCGGCGACUACGAGAGUUCCGUGGCGGACCAGCAGCGUGCUGAGACUAUCAGCGCCGUGUUGUACCCGAAUGAUAACCUUGAGCGUGGCAAGGAACUGCGUCUUAAGCAGCAGUACUUUUGGGUCGCUGCGUCGCUGUACGAUAUCGUGCGGCGGUUCAAGAAGGCCAAGAGACCGUGGAGGGAGUUCCCCGACCAGGUGGCUAUUCAGUUGAACGAUACGCAUCCUACGUUGGCGAUUGUGGAGUUGCAGAGGAUCCUGGUUGAUAUUGAAGGCUUGGAAUGGGAUGUUGCGUGGGAGAUUGUGACGAGCACGUUUGGAUACACCAAUCAUACCGUCCUCCCUGAAGCUCUUGAGAAAUGGCCCGUCGGCCUCGUCCAGCACCUGCUCCCGCGCCACCUCCAAAUCAUCUACGACAUCAACCUGUAUUUCCUGCAGACCGUGGAGAAGGCCUUCCCCAACGACAGAGACAUCCUCCGCCGGGUAUCCAUCAUUGAAGAAUCACAGCCCAAGAUGGUGCGCAUGGCGUUCCUCGCCAUCGUCGGCUCCCACAAGGUCAACGGCGUGGCAGAGCUUCACUCCGACCUCAUCCAGACCACCAUCUUCAAGGACUUUGUUGCAAUCUACGGGCCCGACAAAUUCACAAACGUAACAAACGGAAUCACACCCCGUCGCUGGCUGCACCAGGCUAACCCGCGACUCUCCGAGCUCAUCGCCUCCAAGUGCGGCGGGUAUGAGUUCCUCAAGGACUUGACGCUCCUGAGUCAGCUGAAGCAGCAUGUCGACGAUAAGCAGUUCCGCAAAGAGUGGGCAGAGAUCAAGUACGCCAACAAGGUGCGUCUGGCGAAACACAUCAAGGACACUACGGGCGUGGUUGUCAACCCGGCGGCCUUGUUUGACGUGCAGGUUAAGCGUAUCCACGAGUAUAAGCGCCAGCAGCUCAACAUCUUUGGUGUGAUUCAUCGGUACCUGACGCUCAAGGCUAUGACGCCGGAGGAGAGAAAGACGCAGAUGCCGCGUGUGAGCAUCUUUGGUGGUAAAGCCGCGCCAGGGUACUGGAUGGCCAAGCAGAUUAUUCAUCUGAUCAAUUCUGUUGGCGCCGUGGUCAACAAGGACGAUGAUGUUGGCGAUUUGCUCAAGGUCAUUUUCUUGGAGGACUACAACGUGAGCAAGGCGGAGAUGAUUUGUCCUGCUUCGGAUAUCAGCGAGCAUAUCUCUACGGCUGGAACUGAGUACGUAUAUCUCCAACUUUCCAUCCCCUUCAUCUCGACUAGUUAUUCUUUUGUAGAGAAUGGGGGACACGAUGGCGAAGCUGUUACUGACAAUUCUCAAAGGGCAUCUGGAACGAGCAACAUGAAGUUUGUCCUCAACGGUGGUCUCAUCAUUGGUACUUUAGACGGCGCCAACAUUGAAAUCACUCGCGAAAUCGGUGAAAGCAACAUCUUCCUCUUCGGCAAUCUGUCUGAAGAUGUCGAAGACCUCCGCCACUCGCACACCUACGGUGCCCACACUAUCGACCCUGAUCUCGACAAGGUGUUCGACGAGAUUGAAAAAGGCACCUUUGGCACCCCCCACGACUUCAGCGCCAUGAUUGCCGCGGUUCGCCAGCACGGAGACUACUAUCUUGUGUCGGACGAUUUCCACAGCUACAUCGAGACGCACCACCUUGUGGACAAGGCGUAUCGCAACCAGGACGAGUGGAUUGCCAAGUGCAUCAGAUCUGUUGCCUGUAUGGGCUUCUUCACUAGCGAUCGGUGCAUCAACGAGUAUGCUGAAGAGAUUUGGAAUGUUGAACCUCUAGUUGUUGAGAGAAACUAG